UUACUUUGAUAAGUGGACUCACUGAACUGACUUGAUUUAGUUGGCAAGGUAAACAAACAAUUUGUGUUCCGAAACAACCAAACAACGUGAAUGACCCCAAAUCGAUCGAAUCAUUAAGUGAGAGCACUUCAAGUGAGGGAUAUUAACCAACCAAAGUCCUCUACCACCCACCAUGACGUUGGAGGCGGAAUGGAAGCCGUUUUCUUUGACUUACGUGGAAUACCCCGUGGGUGAUGGAUUGGGCGCCUUGUUCGCGGCCACCAGUUUGUGUCCCAUCAUCCUGUCCAUCAUGCACGCCACGUGGUUUCUCCAAGCCCGCGAUCUCCACACGCUUUGCUUUGGAGUGGGCGUGAUCCUCAACUACAUCCUCAAUUUGUUCCUCAAGAUCACCAUCCAAGAGCUCCGCCCCCAGCCCACGUGGCGCAAUCCUUCCCAUCACUGGCAACAGUACGGUAUGCCAUCCACCCACGCUCAGUUCAUGGCCUUCUACUCGUGCUACUUGUUCCUGUUCGUGGCCUUGCGUUUGCCCUAUGAAGGUCGGACCCGAGAGCGGGUCUGGAAAGGAUUGUUCUUGGUUAUGAACUUUGCCUCGGCCUUUUUAGUCAUGUACGGCCGCAUCUAUUUAGCCUAUCACACGGUCGAGCAAGUGUUCUAUGGAUGUCUGAUUGGGAUGUUGCUUUCCUACGCUUGGUUUUGCCUGGUUGACCAUAUAUUCACGCCUUGGUUCCCCUGGUUGGCCUCCACCCAAAUCUGUGAACUGUUUCUCAUUCGAGAUUUGACGUACAUUCCCAAUGUGAUAUGGUUCGAGUAUUGGCAAGCUAAGAACGAGGGCAUCAAACGCAUGAAGAGCUCGUUGAAGCGGAAAAAGGCCAAACGAAUUUGAGAACGGGCUUCGAGAGAACACACGACCGGAAGGAUAAUGACAGAUUUCUAGUGAGGGUGUUCUUGUCAAAGCUCAAGGAGAAAAAAAAGACAUCCCAUGGCAGUUGCUAUUGAUCUUGAUAUUCUGUUAUGAGAAAAUGAUACUUUUUAUGCCGCACGGCUGUGAAUAAAACAAAGAAGUUUCGUUGGUAUUCACGCAAAUACAACCUAUUUUCUCGCUUUUCAG